AUGCUCCAAGCUGCUGCCAUUAAUGCUCACGGCGAAGAGCGUAUCGGCGAAGCAAGUGUCUCGCAACGGACCAUAGCCGGCGAGCGGAAGAUCGAGCUCGUAAAGGAACUAGAGCACACCACAGCAGAGAUCCAUCAUUCGCAUCAGAGAUAUAACAGAGCCGAGGCUGAGAAGAGGAUGAUUGAAGAGGGACGAGCAAAGGUUGCCAACUUACCCGACUCAGAAUUCUGGAUUGGAACGGCUACAGAGAUUAAUAAGACUGAGGCUACGGACCAGGAUGGAGAACGACGCGCUUUCGAUACUAAAGGCAUCUACUAA